ACACUACUACUAGUACAAAGCGCUAGAAGCGCUCUUUAAAGAUACUUCUCCGAACAUGGUUUAUCAUCACUCAAAGGCGAAAAGACAGUGGGAACGAACCAAAAGGGAGACAAGAGCAAGUGAAAGAGAGAGAGAGAGAGAGAGCAAGGGGAGUGGGCCCGUCAGUUUUUCCUCAUCUCCAUUUCAAUCCUUUUUCGUUGGACAACCUCAAGAUUAUAAAAUAUGUGUGCACGAUACCUGGCGUGAUUGGGCCUCUCGAGAGUGAAGUUGUUGCAGUUGCUAUUGGUGUCUUGACGUGAGAUCACGAAUCGUUGAGUGUACAUAGUCGUACGUAGAAACUUGAGUGGGGAAGGAGUUCGAAGCGGGAUCCAAGGCGCGGUUCAUUAGCUCCCGCCUCCCAAGUGAGGAACUGUUUUUCCCAAUUUCAAAUCAAGCAGAUCUACCGACUUCAAUUGAGGCAUUGAACUCUUGCAUAGUGAUCCUUCUUUCCCUUCCUGACGAAAUGUACUGAGAAUGAGUGUGAAACAACCCUCAUGGUAAUUCAGUUGUUGAAAGCCACCUCUUUCAUGUGGAUUGCUGGACAAGGAGUGGCCAUCAUGACAGACCCUUUGGCUGUGAUUUGCCUCAUUAUGGGCAUUGUACUGGCUCAAACUAGCCCUCAAGUGGACAUUGUUAAACAGCGUGGAACAUCUGAACUCGAGAGUGUCUCUUUGCUCAACGUUACAACAUGUCCCACGGGAUGUAUCUGCCUGGAACUCACCGUGAGAUGUAUGUUGGUAGGCAUCAAAGAACCACCUUCCAUCCCAACCCAUGCUCAAGUCGUAGAUCUGCGGUUUAACCGGAUCAAAAGGAUUCCACAGGGAGCCUUCAAGGAUCUGGUUCAAUUGGAUACCCUACUACUGAACAAUAAUCACAUUCACAAACUGAGAAAAGGAGCCUUCGACGGGCUUGAGAAUCUAAAGUACUUGUACUUGUACAAAAACAAGAUCACAUACAUUGAUGAAAAAGUCUUUCAAAACCUUCCCAAGUUGGAGCAUUUAUAUUUGCAUUAUAACUAUGUCAAGCACUUGGAGCCAAACCAGUUUUUUGGUCUUGGUUUGUUACAGCGCCUAUUCCUCCAUAGUAAUAAACUUCAUCAUUUGCCUUCGAAUAUUUUCCAAGGCCUGGAUUCCUUGAAGAGAUUGAGAGUGGAUAAUAAUCCCAUUUCUUGUGAUUGUGAAAUCUCGUGGCUGUCGGCCUACAUCAGAAGUAACGCUCAUCUACAAGUUACGGCCAAUUGCAGAGAUCCACGUUCCGAUAUUGCCACCAUAAACUUGGAGAAACUCGAUCCCACGGAUUUCGCGUGCGGUGAACCCAUAUUUUUAGAGGAGCCCACUGACUCCGAUGUGACUCCUGGGGGGACCAUUCGAUUUCGAUGCCGUGCCAGUGGAUCACCUUCGCCAGAGAUUGUUUGGAAGAAAGAUGGCGUGCUUUUGGACCCCGCUACCGAUUCCAGGGUCAGGCUCCUAGGUCGGGGUGUGAGUCUCGUCAUUGUAGCGGCGAGGCCCGCUGAUGUUGGGCUUUACGAGUGUGUGGCCAAAUCAGAGCAAGGGGAAAUUACCUCGAGAUCGGCUCGAGUCCGGUAUUACCAACAGAGAGCUAAACCGUCCAUUACUCACCGGCCAGUAUAUACCGAGGUCACGAAAGGCGGAGAGAUUCGGCUGAGUUGCGCUGCUGAGGGAUUCCCCAGACCCACUUUUGAGUGGUACAAAGACGGAGGAAGGCUCUCCAAUGCUCAUGAUCGAUUCAAGAUUUUGGAUGAUGGAACCCUGUACAUUACCAACGCUCAAUUGGACGAUGCCGCUCAUUAUCGAUGUUCUGCCACCAAUUAUUUGGGUUUGGCCAGCUCGUCGGCCCGGGUGAAAGUCAAUUUAGCAUUGCCAGAAUCUAUUCCAAGGAUCACUUCCAAACCAAGAGAUGCCACCGUUCAAGAAACUACGAUUGUCGAGUUCACAUGCAUUGCCGAGGGUCAUCCAUAUCCGGACUUCUCAUGGUGGAAAAACAAGCGAUUGGUCAACAACGAUGGCCGAAUCAGUGUGUCCAAUGGAGGUCAGCACCUCAGGAUUCAAGAUCUUAGAACGUAUGAUCAGGGCGAGUACGUUUGUCGGGUUGAGAAUCGCUUGGGUAAGGUCGAAGCCUCAGCCGAUCUGGUUGUGCAAGUGAUUCCAACGCCCAUUGCAAUUGUCCAUCAACCCCACGACAUGAGUGCCCCUCCGGGAGCCACCGUUCAACUUCCCUGUAAAGCUGAAGGAUCUCCGGAGCCGAAAAUCACAUGGGUCAAAGAUGGCCGUUCCAUGAUAAAUGACAAACGUCACAGGCUUUCUCCCGAUGGAAGUUUAAUAGUUUAUAACGUCACUGAAGAAGACGUGGGAAUGUACGAGUGUGUGGCUGAAAAUGAGCGAGAGCGGCGCACAGCUCGAGCUUACUUCAGUAUCCGUGAUAUUCCUUAUGAGGUGGGCCAGCCAGGGCGUGGCGACGACUUUGUUCUACUUGCCUUGGACGAGGCCUCCAAAACUAUUCGGAAUGCCAUCAACAACACGGUCACUCGCCUAUUUUCUAGAGGAUCUGCCCCGGCUGCCACGCCUGGCGAUCUGUUGAAAGUAUUCCGAUAUCCCCCCGAAAGCGAAAGAGCGGUCGCGCAAGCAGCUGAGAUAUACGAACGAACCCUUGAGCUGGUCGCGAAAAAAAUCCACGAGGAAAGAACCGAUUAUUCACAAGACAAUUUGGCGACCUUUAAGUAUGAAGAUCUCAUCUCGCCAGCCAAUCUCGAGGUCAUUGCCAAUAUGUCGGGCUGCGAGGCUCAUCGCGCAUCCCGACAGACCAAUUGUACGGACAUGUGCUUUCACGCCAAAUACCGAUCCAUUGAUGGCACUUGCAACAACUUCAACGAUCCUAUGCAAGGCGCAUCCUUGACCUCGUUUCGUCGAAUUCUACCCGCGCAAUACGAGAACGGCUUCAGCACACCGAUCGGCUGGAACAGAGGUCGAUUGUACAAUGGAUUUCCCAAACCAAGUGCCCGCCUGAUAUCCUCGGAAUUGAUAACAACUUCGAAAAUCACAGAAGAUUCCAUCUUGAGCCAUAUGGUUAUGCAAUGGGGUCAAUUCCUGGAUCAUGAUAUUGAUCACUCCAUGGAGGCCAUUAGUAGAGAGACGUUUGAAAAUGGAAUCACUUGCGGCGCUAUUUGUGAAAACAGUCCACCCUGUUUUCCUAUUGAAGUGCCGGACGGAGAUUUGAGAAUCACUCCCGAUAGUUGUAUGGAGUUCACUCGGUCAAGUGCAGCGUGUGGAUCCGGUUCAACCUCGGUUUUCUUUGAUAAAAUUCAACCCCGUGAGCAACUCAAUCAACUGACCUCAUUCAUUGAUGCAUCCCAAGUAUAUGGAAGUCAAGCGGAUCUUUCGACUAGCCUCAGAAACCUGACCAAUGACAAUGGACGGUUGCGGGAAGGUCCACAACUUGGAUAUGCCAAGCCACUUUUACCCUUCAAUCUUGGGUUUCCCAUAGAUUGUCGACGCGAUCCAACUGAAAGUAACAUAGGAUGUUUUCUGGCCGGGGACGUACGAGCUAAUGAACACGUCGCUCUCCUUUCAAUGCACACUCUCUGGUUUCGAGAACAUAACAGGUUGGUAACCGAAUUGCGAGAACUCAAUCCUCAUUGGACAGGCGAGAACCUCUAUCACGAGGCCAGAAAGAUUGUCGGUGCUCAAAUGCAGCAUAUCACGUAUGCACAUUGGUUGCCUCUAAUCAUCGGAUCAGAGGGUAUGGAAAUGAUCGGCAAGUACAACGGGUACAACCCGCAGACAGAUGCUAGCAUUUCCAACGUCUUUGCCGCAUCUGCUUUUCGAUUCGGGCAUACCUUGGUCAAUCCGGUUUUGAAGCGACUGGGCCCCGAUUUUGAAACAAUCGCCGAAGGCAAUUUGCCCCUGGGAAAGGCCUUCUUCUCCCCCUGGCGAUUGGUUCAGGAAGGCGGGGUCGAUCCUAUUCUUCGAGGUCUCUUUGCCUCUUCAGCGAAACGAAACAUGCCCAAUGAGGUCAUGAACUCGGAGUUAACUGAGAAACUUUUCGAAGUAGCCCACGCUGUGGCUUUGGACUUGGGAGCCUUGAACAUUCAAAGAGGUCGAGAUCAUGGAUUGCCAUCGUAUGCUGAAUGGCGAGAGCAUUGUGGAUUUGGACCCAUCAAGAGUUUUGAUGACCUAGCCGAAUAUAUCAAGGAUAGUGGAGUGAGGAGGAAAUUGGAGCGAAUCUACGGUCAUCCUGGUAACAUUGACGUUUGGGUUGGAGGCUUGCUGGAGGACUCAGUUGAGGAUGGUCGAGUGGGUCCAUUAGUUCGGUGUAUACUGGUGGAACAGUUUAAACGACUCCGUGAAGGGGAUCGGUUUUGGUAUGAAAACCCAUCGACGUUCUCACCCGAACAACUAACUCAAAUUCGCCAAGUGACUCUUGGUCGAGUUGUGUGUGAUAAUGGCGACGAUAUUGCAAAAGUCACACCCAAUGUUUUCCUUAAGCCCAAAGAAAAAGCCGAUAUCAUUCCUUGCUCUGAAGUACCCAAAAUGUCUCUGAAUGUUUGGUUUGAAUGUGAAGCCACGCGAGAAGAUCUGCUCAGCACCCAGCAGGAUCGGCGAUUUAGAAGACACCUCGAUUAUUCUGUGGCGAAUGGAACGAGUCAUGACUCCAAUGAAGAUGUGAUGGAGAUCCGUAUUGAGGGAUUAGAAGAGGAACUACGGCUCACCCGAAGGAAAUUGAGCAAGAUUCGACGAGAAUUCAAACUCUUCAAAAAAGCUCUGAGGGAUGGAAAUGGUGAUAACGCCGUGUGCUUGGACCAUGACGGUAAUAUAAGGGCGGAUCAAGAAUCCUGGAUGCAUUCCCCCUGUGUUCAAUGUCUUUGUGACGGAUUUCAAGUGAAAUGUCUACAAAUUCAAGAUUGUCAAAAAUAGAAGUGUCCUCCAAUCAAAAUUAAGAA